AUGGAUCCCGCAGCUCCAAUACCGAACUACGACAACCCCGAGUCGAUCGGCUACAGACUCGUUAUUGUUGCUGUGGUGUUUCCAGUUCUUGCGCUAUGCUUUUUGGUCCCGAGGUUGUACACAGCCAGCCAUAUCAUUCGAAAAUGGCAUCCAGAUGAUUACUUGGUAAUCGUCGCGUUUCUCUUCACCAUUGCCAACUCGACCGUCUGCAUCAUCCAAACCACGCUCGGCAUGGGAAACCACAUCUGGGACCUCCCCUUCCCCAAGUUUCAAUUCAUGAUGAAGCUCGGCAUGAUCGGCGGCGCCAUGACCUACAACCUCACCACCCUCUUCGUCAAGAUGUCCAUUCUGUCCUUCUACCUCCGCUUCGCCACCGCCAACCACAAGUUCCGGAUAGCGGUUUACGUGGUCAUGUUUUUUGUGGUUGGGUACACCAUCCCCAACGCGUUUCUGUUUCUGUACAUAUGCAAACCGAUGCAGUAUUACUGGGACUGGACGAUUGAGGGGGGCACGUGCAUCAACCAGCAGGCGGUGUUUGAUUCGGCUAAUAUACUGAACAUGGCGACGGAUUUCAUAAUUUUGGUGAUGCCGAUUUGGAUGCUAUGGGAUUUGAGGGUGGGGAUUAGGAGGAAGGUGGGUGUGGUGGGCAUUUUGAUGGCGGGUGUUUACAGUGUCUGCGGUGUGAGCACCAUGCGCAUGGUGACUGCGAUGACGGGAGCCAACGAAAUGGAUAUUUCACGGCAUUAUGUCAAAAACUUGAUUUGGUGCAUCGUCGAAAUGGACAUUGGAAUCGUCUGCGCCUGUCUCCCAUCACUCCGAGCCUUCUUCCGGCGCUUCUUUCCGAACAUGUUCGUCUUCAGCUCAGCUUUCGAGGAAAGACUGACUGCUACGUUGACAUUCCGACGAGGCAGGGAGCUAAGCUCGCAGCCGAACGUUCUCCAGUUCCGCUCUACCGAUCCGGAUAAUCAGAGCAAUUCCAGCCAAGACAUCACUGACCAGAGGGCUUGGUGGAGGAGGAAAGCCACAGGCCCAGAUGUUGAGAAGGCGGAUCAAAAGCAAGCGACUGAUGAGUCGUCAGUUCAGGUUGUUGAGAAGAGUGCCCUGGGCUCCGAUUCAGGGAAGAUAUAAUGAUGGGAUUGGGAAAAUUGGAUUGGGUAUCUUGGGUAAUGGGUUUUGGUUGGAUAAUGAUGGGAAAUGUUGGUUACUCUUACAAUGACAUGGCUUGUCUCUUUUGUGUUGAUUGCGUGAUCCUGCUUGCGUAGAGAGUCCCCCUGCC